GAGGCUUGUGAACUCUACCGACAGGCACAAUAUAUAAAGCUUCACCGGUGCCCACAGUGUAUGCUCUCAGAACCAACAAUUCCCUCAGAGAUCAUUUCUUUACUACUGCUAAGAUGAAGCUGAAUACUCUCGUCUCAGCUGUCCCCUUUAUUGCCCUGGGUGCUUCUGCCUUCAAUGUCUCCGUCACCUUCUACGGCGCCACCGAGGACGAGUCCUAUUCCCUCCUCAUUCCGACGGAUGUGACUCCAGUGCAAAUUGAUAACCCAAUGGUCGUGUACAGCAUCUCCAGCCCCGGCGGCGGGUUUUGUACUUUUGUCGGGGUCGAGGGUGAGGAUGUGGUUAUUUAUGCGGAGGAGGAGGUGGAAUUGACCACCCCUCAGGCAAUCAAGUCGGGAAGCUGUGACAAUAACUAGCCUGUUUGUUUAAAAUGGCAUGUGGAGGGGAUUGCAGAUGGAUUGAAUAGAUAUGUUCAUUACUUCGUGCUUCG